UAUCUAUUUAAUGAAAAAUUUCAUUUUAAUAUUUUGGAAUAAAUUACUUACCGAUAUGAAUCAAUUAGUAGUGUCGAGUCUGUUUUAAAUCCCGAUUUUUUUGGGAUCCCAAUUUUUUUUCGGGAAGUUUCCGUCGAUAGAUCUGCAUAUUCUCUCUUCUUUCCUCUCCGAAGUCCGAACCCUAUCCCCAAACCCCCUCUUCGUCUUCCCCGUCCAAACCAAAAUGACGACGGAACAGCUUCAAUAUUGGAAGCUGUAUUCUACGGCUCUUCGUGCUUAUACUGACACCAUGACGCCAGCAUUUGUGCUCUGCGGUACAAUAUCGUUCUCAGUCCAUGAAACUGAGCUGAGGAAAUGGGAGAUUGCCUUACUCAGGACGCUGAUGUUUAUGAUUCUAGGAAUUGCAUUCAUGCUUGCUGCUCAGGGCUCCUCCAACUCACCAGCUCAGGCCUCCUCCAACUCAGCUGCUCAGGGCUCCGCAGACGCAGCGGCACAGGCUGCAGACUCUGGUAAUCAGGCCGAAGCUGCCCAUGCAGUCGCUGGAAUCAGGCCUGUGAAAGUGCCAAAGCCCCUUUUCCCCCGCUUCUGUUCUUUCAAGUCUCCGGUUGGCGGCAUAGAGAAAGACGAGAAACAAAAUAAUCUGGAGGAGCAGCUGGAGAAACUCCUGGAUGAAAGGAUGAAACAGAUCAAGUCAACUGCAGAAAAGGUUUCGGCAUUUUUUCCACAUAUGAGAAAUGGGGAGAGCACCUCAGCUUGCUUUACAAAUUGCAUCUUCUUCCAUGGAUUCGGGCCUAGUCUCCGAAUUGAUUCUUCCGAAACGGUACUUAAAAACUAACUUAGCUUUACCAUUUCAUUGUUAAGAGGGCUUAGAGUUCCAUCAAUAGAGUUUUAAUUGUUCCUGGGGUUGAUGCCAUUUUGGUGAACCGUUCUGAAAAGUUUAGCUCAUGUUGUUGUUAGUGCCUUCGUAAGUCUGUAUGCCU